AUGGUUUGAUUUUUUUGAGUUACUGAAAAUUUCGAUUCACUCUAGAGCCUCUACCUCGGAAGAAGAGUUUUUGAUGAAAGGUCGGAUUACAUGAAUAUCAGCCGUCAGUCCAGCACGAAAAGUGAGUCAGGGUUAAUCAUACAAUGGACUUUGAAAAAUGCAAAAAUUAAUCUUCAAAAGAAACAUUUUCUCCAUAGAAAAAGUUAGAUUUUAUGGAUCUCUGCCGACUUUUUGUUUUUGGAAGAUAUAAUCAGUUAUUGUGAAAAUCGAUCAAAACAACAGUAAAGAUACUUCAUUUUAGUGAACCGUUUUCUAACCGAUUUACAGGAUCAAACGCCAAUCUGCGGAGUUCAAGCCUGCCCGAAUACGUCAAUGUUCAUUGCGCUGUGAAACCGAACGGCUCAAUCAGAAGCUCGCAUUCUUUUUUCAACGUCGCUUCGACUUCUGCUGCAGAGGAACCAAAAAGGAGAAAAGUUUCCGAUUACGCUCCACAAACUGAUUCUUCGCGUCGCCGAUCUGAUAAUUCAGUUGGCAGGUUUCUAAAUAGAACAAGGAAGUUUGUGGGAAUUACUCAUCCAAAUAGUUACUCGUUUAUUGCAGUUUUGUUUACAAUAAAAAUCGGUCAAUGAUGGAUUUCACAACAAUCCGAGAUGAAGAACAAGAUUCUCGUUAUGAAAGCUGGCGAAGAGCUAAAAGGUUCAUAUCUGCAUUCAGUCCUAAAUCUCAGUCCGAGUUGAGAAACGGGAAGGUACAUGGUAACAUUUUUUUCCAGAAACUUUUUGAUUUUUCAGGUUUAUCAAGUAAUCACAAAAUCUUCAAGCACCGGUGCCCUCCAGUAUGCCACAACUCUCCUGAGAGUAAGUCGUAUCAUUUCUUGAAAUGUGCAAGCUGAAGACCCACCAUAACUUCAGAAAAACACCAACGCUGGAGAGACAACUAAUUCGAUGAGUGAAAUCUACGAAUUGCCGCCAGCACUCAACGUUGCCGUGACCGAUCCUCUGUCAUUGUCGGCGUUGAAAGAGUCUCGGGUAGGAUACGCCGAAAUGGACUUUUUCUCAGAGUUUAUGGUUCAAAAACUAUCGAAACUUCGCUUAGUGCAUUUCGAAAUGAACGAGAACUGUUUAUGGUAAUUUUUAAUGAGAUUUAAAUUCUAACGGGAAAGUACAUUUUCUUCUAAGCCGAAUUCUUUGGCAAAAUUUAGCCUGAACUCUCUGUGAUGUACUAUGGCACUGUUCACAUUCCUUUAAUUCAAAAUUAUAGCAAUCGUUUGGAUUUUUCAGUCUUCUGAAGACACUCCAGUCGGUUUGGUCCGCGUCAAAGAAGAUAACCAACUCAAAGCGCGUGGAGGAGUGAACAUCAUGUUGGCUCGACGUCUAGCAUCGUCCGUUCGAGGAUCUUUCUCCGUAAGAUGCAGCUAUCUAUCGAUAAAACAUCAUGAUCUUAGAAAUACGACGGCGAGCGAGUGACGCACCAUUAUCCCUCCAAGGUCGGAGGAGAAGGAACCAAGGACGAAAACGCUGCCGCCACGCCCACCACACCUACGAAGAGAGGGCCGCUCGAGGUCAAAAUUUUGACCGAAACGAAACCGUUGGAGGAAUCUGAACCUAUGGAUGGUAAUAAUUAUUUCAAUGCAACAGACGAAAAAAAUCAAAUUUCCAGCAAUUGCGGUUUCUGUUUCAAGGAAACAAGAAGAACUUCGAGCUCAAGAUCGUCGAGCUUCCACUGUUUCCUUCCACAAGGUUGUUCAAGUAAUGGAAGUUUUUUCUUCAAUCAGCUCACAGUUUUUUGGUAGCAUGUCAGACUAUUCAUUUCAAUGACUGAAUUCAAAAAAAAAUUUUUGAGAUAAAUCUCGAACUGGGAAUUCAUUCAGACUCACGUUUUCCCUGUUCAUCCGCCAAGUUCGACUUCUCAUCCUGAAAAGGAGAAGUCGCCUCCGAGUAUGAGAAGCAAAGCAGCCGCGGCAGCUCGGACCAUUUUGAGUCAUCUGAAGGGUGCGGCGACCAGAAACUCGAACGCUUUUUCUGAAAGCACGAGGUGAAUCGUGAAAAAUUUUUUCGAAAUGUUGUGAUGAAAUGAAUUUCUUCAGGUCAUCUGCAGAGUCGUUGUCUUCUGAUGCUCGAUCGAAAAUUUCGAUCAAGAAGCGGAGUAGCUCACCUCCGAGUCAAAUGGCUCCUACGAUUUCUCGAAAUACCAGCCGACAUACAUUAGUGGUGAGAGUAAUGUUUUCAUAGCUGGAAAAUGAAGUUUUCAAGUUUCCCGCAUUAGAUUUUUUUUCUGGAAAGUUCUUUAGAAUGAAAAAAAAGUAUCAUUUUUCUUCGAAAAGUGAAUUUAUUAAGAUGCUUAAAAAAGCCAAGCAAAAACGUUUUUUGAAACAGUAAAGAACAUUUCGAAGAUUAUCCCAAUUUUUGAAUUUUUUUCAUGGGAUCCCAUCUUUUUUUCGAUAUUUCUUCCUGUUUUUUUUGCCAGUAGGACAUUUUUUCCGAUUCUUUUUUCUUUAUUCCAAAGUUUUGUGAGUGUGGAUCGAUACCAAAAAUUUUUCUUGCUGUAGAAAUUCUCAUUUUUCAGCAGGAGCCUUCGACAUCGACAGACUCUUUGAGCUCUGAACGAACGGCAAGGUCAAUCACAUCUCCGCAGUUAGUCCUCCCCAUGAAGACGUCUCACGCUUCUUCAAGCGGUAGCAGCACUGAAAGCAGUAUAUUGAAAUUAACCGUCAUAAUUGAAAGUUGUUUUGUUUCAGAUAGUGCAAGUGAAGAUGGCUCGCCUAAAGUCCGGCAGUCGACUUCAGUUGUCAGUUCACUUUCUAAUUGACUUUUUCAUCAUGUUAAUCAAUUCUUAGUAAUGGAAGUUCUAUAAAUUUUCGAAGGUUCUCUGAAAAUUCUAGUUUUUCCUGAGCAAAAGAUACGAGAGCUGACGAAAAGAGUAAGUUCGUCAUUCAACCUAACAUUUAACAGGCUUCAUCUCUGAACGAAUCGAGAAACUUGUAUUUGAGCGGUUUUUCACCAUCACGACGUUUUUCUCAGGUCAGUUGUAAUCUCGAUUGCUCUGCUUCACCUUCCCAAGAUUCACUCACAUUCCGAUUUUUUUCCUCCAUGUAUUUCUGUUUUCAGGGCCAGUGCAGCAUGACGUCCGGGAACACAACUCCCCAGACGCAAGGAUACUUUCGGAAACAUCGACGGCUACGAAGAAGCCAAAGAACUCUUGAAUCUUCUUCGUCUCAGCCCAACCUUGCGUGA